AUGAGUCAUCAACAAAAAGAUAAUAAGAAUAAAAAGUUUGGAGGUGGUGGAGGUGGAGGAUCUGGUGGUGGUGGUGGAUACAACAAUUCUCCACAACAAAAGCAUCAAUCACCAAAGCAACAUCAUCAUCAUGGUGGUGGUGGUGGUGGUCAUCAUCAUAACAACAGUCCACAACAGCAGUCUCACAGUAAUAACAAUAACAACAGCAGCAGUGGACAACUAGACGAUUCAACAAAGAGAAUGAAAGAACGUACUGUUUUUAUGUCUAUGAACUUAAUUGGACACCACGUUGCCGUUCAACUAAAGAAUGGCGAUUGCUACGAGGGUAUCUUGACAUCCACCAAUACCAGUCAGGUCGGUUGGGGCUGUGCACUGAAGUUUGCACGCAAGCGUGAGGUUUCACCGCCAUCGAUCAUCACCACUGCACCCAUUCCACAGUUGGUCAUCGAUGCCAAGGACUUCUUGGGAUUGACCGCCACCGGUAUCGUUUUCGACAAUAUUUCACAAUCCGCAUUCGGAAAGGAAGCACAGUUUGGAUUCCACACCGAUACUGACAUCAGUGGACACGACGGUGUUAUCCGUGAGCGUGAACUCACACCGUGGGUCUCGGAGGACGGCGGUGAGAAUCUCGAGUCUGUAAAAAUCAACCCGGCCAAUGCCAACUGGGAUCAGUUUGCGACCAACGAGAAACUCUUUGGUGUUAAAACAUCGUACAACGAAGAUCUCUACACAACCACAUUGAAUCGUGAUUCCGAUCACUAUCGUACACGUAUUAAAGAUGCUGAAAGACUUGCUGCUGAAAUUGAAUCCAAACAAUCGAAUAAUAUUCAUUUGAUGGAGGAAAGAGGUUUGAUUAGAGCAGCAGACUAUGAUGAGGAGGAGAGAUACAGUUCUGUCAUUAGAAAUGGAACAUCUAGCAGUUCAACAACUUCACCACCAAACAAUAACGAUAAAUCAAAGAAUAUGAUGCCGACUUCAAAUUCAAAUGUAUAUAUUCCACCAAGUAAGCGUGGGAGCGUCACCGGAGCAGCUGGAACAUCCUCACCCUCGAUUCCACCCUUAUCAACACAAAAGGUAUCGCCAACCACCACAACAGCAGCAGCAUCGACCACCUCGCCAACCACCAAACAAUCAACAACAACAGCAGCGACCACACCAGUAGCAGCAGCAGCAGCAUCAGCUAAACCAACAGCAUCAGUCGAAGAAAAGUCGACAACUACAACAACCACUAGCACCACCACUUCUACAGCCGCAGCAUCAACUACAUCGCCAUCAAACAACUCACCAUCUCACCAACAACAGCAACAGCAUUUCAAGGAAUCGACAUCAGGUUCAACUGGUUCGCUAUUGAAGGAUUCACCGGUGACCAAGCUACGAUUGAGAGAUCGUGCUGGAUCGAUCGACCAUAACGACUCGCUAUUGAAUUCACCACGUGACGGUCAAUCACCAAGAACUCUUCAGAGCUACAAUAAGAUUCGUGCAGCAAUCGUUGCAGAGAAACUACGUAACUCUGCAGAGCCACGUUCACCGCUAUUUUCACCGCUCGUCUCUGAUCCCGUAGGUUUGUCUGCUUUGUCACUCGAUGUAUCGAAACCAAACAUCAGCGAAGACACCAUCAAGGAGUUCAACGAAUUCCUUCUCACCAAAUCCACCACUGAACAGCCACCCUCUGCCGAUCGUAAAUCUCAAAUCGAGAAUCUCAAAAACUUUAGUCGUGAUCUUUCACGUUCCAGACCUGGAUCACCGCUUAUCGGUCCGAAUUCACCAAGACCAAUGUCCAAUCUCUCAUCGAUUUCAUUGUCAGGUGCACUCUCACCACGUACCUCUGCCUCUGAUAUUCCAGUUAUUAGACCAAUUGCAACCGCUCCAGGUGCCGCCACAACUACCACCACCACAACUACUACCAGCACCACUACUGAUGAUAAGGAGAAAGAGAAAGAAACUACCACUGAUGCCACUGCUGUCUCAUCCUCUGCCGACACUAAAAAGGCUGAUCCAGCAACCAAAUCAGAAACAACCACAGAUAAACCAGCGGAUACUGUAGCCAAGCCAAUAUCUAAAUUGAAAUUAAACCCCAAUGCCAAAGAAUUUACACCAGUUUCAUUGAAUUCCAAUGCACCAGUGUUUACACCUAAAAACUUUAUACCGGCUACUGUCGCCAAGCAAGGUCUCCUGGGUAGUGGAAAUAUCGAAUUCUACGAAGCCAACAGCAGAGCCAAUACCUAUCCAAAUAUUUCAAUCAACGAUCUCUACUACGAAUCGAUGAAGAGAAGACAACAGAACCCAGAGCAAUCGAAUGCUCCAUCGACCUACUGGAACGAGAGCUACGGUGUUCGUGGAUCCAGUCAGUACGGUGCCGACGAUGACUAUAUGCCACCCGCUCAAUACCCACCUGCCAUGCGUCCACCCUUUAUCCAAAUGGGUGUGCCAGCUAUCAUUCCAACCUACUAUCCACCGCCCGUUGCUAAUGUCGCACCUGGCGCACCGGGUGUUCCUGUACCAGUAAAGUCGAUGAAACCAAUCUAUAACCCACAACCACGUGGACAACCAUACGCACCUCCACCACCAUUACUUCAGGCACCGGGUGCAAUGGGUCAACCACCUCCCCAAUAUGUUUUCCCACCUCAAUUCCAAUACGUACCACAGGUGUAUCCUCCACCCGGUGGACCUCACACAAUGCCACCAAAGCGUUCAUACUACCCCGGUCAGAAUCCAUCGAACGGUUACCAACCAAUCCAACCACACGGUAUAAUGCUACCACAGAACACAUCGCAACCACCAUCGCCACAACACCAAUCUCCACAAAUCCCAUCGCCAACAUCACCUCCACACCAUUCAAGAAUGGUACCUUCAUCACCACAAAUGAUAAAUCCAAUGUACCCUUAUCCAAUGAUUCAAAGAUACCCACCACAUGGAAACGACCCUAAUGCAACUUACCCACCUCCCUAUAAUUAA